CUUCAAGGGGGCGUGGCGGAAGGGGGAAGUUCUUAAAGGAGCCGCGCGGCAGAAUGAGGCCACAUUGCCAAGGCGGCGCCGGCGGGGCUGCAGGGGAUCAUGGCCGAAGAAAUCCUGGUGACUGGUGGAGCUGGCUACAUAGGCAGCCACUGUGUGCUGGAGCUGGUUGAGGCUGGCUUUGCCCCCGUGGUCAUCGACAACUUCCACAAUGCCAUUCGAGGAAGCAAUAUGGUUCCUGAGAGCAUUCGGCGGGUGGAAGAAAUCGUCGGGAAAAAGAUCCCAUUCCAUGAGCUGGACAUUCUUGAUGAGACGGGCCUACAGAACCUCUUCAAGAAGCAUCGCUUCUCGGCAGUGAUACACUUUGCGGGUCUCAAAGCUGUGGGAGAGUCGGUCCAAAUGCCGCUGGAGUACUACAAGGUGAAUCUGACAGGGACCAUCCGGCUGCUGGAGACCAUGAAAGUGCACGGAGUCAAGAACUUGGUGUUCAGCAGUUCAGCCACUGUCUAUGGAGACCCGGCCUACCUCCCCCUUGACGAAAAGCACCCAGUUGGAGGCUGUACCAACCCUUACGGCAAAUCCAAAUAUUUCAUUGAAGAGAUGAUACGAGACUUGUGCAAGGCAGAGCCUGAUUGGAAUGCUGUUCUCUUGCGGUACUUCAACCCCAUCGGAGCUCACAAAUCAGGAAAAAUUGGAGAGGACCCCCAAGGGAUCCCAAACAACCUGAUGCCUUAUGUUGCCCAGGUGGCUGUAGGACGCAGAGAGUACCUGAAUGUAUUUGGAAACGACUACAGUACAGUAGAUGGGACAGGCGUUCGGGAUUACAUCCAUGUGGUGGAUCUUGCCAAGGGACACAUUGCAGCAUUGAAGAAGCUCAAGGAGAAUUGUGGCUGCAAGAUCUACAACCUGGGAACAGGUACUGGCUACUCGGUCCUGCAGAUGGUGAAAGCCAUGGAAAAGGCAUCAGGAAAGGAGAUAAAGUUCAAGAUCGUCGCACGGCGGGAAGGGGACAUUGCCUCGUGCUUUGCAAACCCAGCCCUGGCAGAAGAGGAGCUGGGCUGGAAAGCAGUCUUUGGCCUGGACAAAAUGUGUGAGGAUUUGUGGACAUGGCAGUCACAGAACCCCUCGGGCUUCAGCAAGAACUAGUCCUGGGAAUACAGCGUCCAUUCCUCCGUUCGCACAGCCCUUGCUGCGCCAGUGCCAGGCCAAGGACUGGGUAGCUUCUCACUCAGGGAAGGCCAUUACUC